AUGAACAAACGAAAGGUCGAGCUCAUGUCCGACACUGUGGACUCGCUUGAGAUUUCUGUGCUUCACGAGCUUCAUGGGGAAGGCGAAGCAGUAGGCCCAGAGGGCCAAUUCCCCGAGACCCAAGAAGCACGCAGAAAAAGGAAGAAGAACAAAAAGAAGAAGAGAUUAUCUGAAGUUACUCAGACUGGCGAGAAUGCUCAAAUUAGUCUUACACCGAUCAUGGACCUCCAACAGCCGAGCCAGAGCCGCUCUAUCACCGACGAGGAGUUUUUGCCAGACAUGUUCCAUCGUCUUACGACCAUCACUCCACUCAAUGGUCCUCAUGCAAAUCCCAACCGGCGAAUCCCUCCCGCUCCAGUCUCAUUCAAGCACAACGACUACCUGUGCAACCUGUCGAUAUCCGAAGCAGAUGUCAUUGCGAUGCAACUCUUCCAGGGCACGUACCGACUUGACAUCAGGGAGCUCCCCCACCAAGAAUGUCGGAUGACCCUCAUCUGGGACUACGACCAUCUGUGGGGCUGCUUCGACAUUGGCGUGUGGAAGGGACUGAUGCUCAUCGAUCCGGGGCCGCGGGAUAACACCAAAACCAUGUACUCCUUCGCGUGGCGAGGUGUCUGCGAGAACGAGCCCGAGGUCGCAUACGACAACGAGGGUAUCACAGUGGGAGAAAUCACCUUGGGCGGGAAGGGCCCUGUGUCUGGCUGCUUCAAGGGAAUGGCCGUUGCCAAUUUCCCUAACGACAAGUGCGACUUCAAGGCCGUGCGGGAGGUCGGACCGCCCAUGGUCCCGUGGCCGGUUGAGACAUUCGUCGCAGACUGGAAUUAUCUUCAGCAUGAUAGAGCGAAGGAGCCGGAGUCACAGCGUCUGGUGCUGCUUGCGCUUUCUCCUGAGCCGGAAUCGCAGGUCGUGAAUGAUGAGACUAUGCAGAUGGACGGCGAGGAGGACCAGGAGGAGGAAGGUCAGUGCCAGGACGAGGUCACCACGGACGUGCACCCAUCCUCUCCUGCCCGUCAACCAGCAGAGACACCACACACCUCGCCACCACCAGACGAACCCACUCAGCAGUCCCAACGGGCCCCAAGCACCAUUAGUCGAUUCCACGCAACCCCCCUUGCGAUGCAGCGCUCCUGGGCCCGCCACGACCAGGACAAGUUCCUCGAUGUCGUCUGUGGCAGCUACGAGAUCUCCAGCCCCACCAUGAAACACAACUGGUCGCGCAAAGCCAGCAAGCUGAGGAUGCGUCUUCUUGUUGAUCGAGGUGAGAGCUGCGUCUGGGGCAUGUUCGCCAUGGGCGUCUACCGCGGAAUCAUGCUGUUUCAGGAAUCACCCAUCCGAUUUCAGAAGGACAGACGACUGAAGUUCUGCUGGCGGGGUAGGGAGACGGAUGGUCGUGACUGCGCAGAGAAGCUGGGGUACCUUCAUUUUGUGGAGGAUAUGAGUAUUCAGGGGUGCUUUUAUGAUAUGUAUGGCGACGUCCCGUUUGCAGGAAGACGGAGGAUACGUCCGGCUGUUGAAUCGCGGUUUGAUGAGGCAUUCUUCAAGCAGCAGUGGUGGGAACAUGAGCCGGUUCCGCCGACUCUACUUCGACAGGUUCAGGGUCAUAGUCAGGGUCAGAUGGAGACUCAGCUUGAGACUCAGACGCAACCUGAGACCCGGUAA